AUGACCAAAGUGAUCGAGUUCACCGUCUUCAAGGGCUCAAAGGAGGGCAAGAUUGUGCAGUCCCAGACCAAGAAGGAAAUCAAAGCAGAUGAGGUUCUGAUCAAAGUUACACACUCGGGACUUUGCGGCACAGAUGAGCAUUAUAAGGGCGUCGAUAUGGUACUUGGGCACGAGGGCGCAGGUGUUGUCGAGGAUGUUGGAGCAUCGGUCACUACAUACCAGAAGGGCGAGUCCGUAGGAUGGGGAUACCAGCAUGGUUCGUGUAAUCAUUGCAAGCAAUGCUUGACCGGCCACGAGACGCUCUGCCCGGAACGUUCCAUGUACGCUUUCAACGACUUGGAUCAAGGGUCCUUUGCCUACUACUCCGUCUGGAAGGCCGAUUACAUCUUCAAGAUUCCCGAGUCGAUCCCCCGACAGUUCGCUGCUCCACUGAACUGUGGUGGCGCAACCGUCUUCAACGCGCUCCACUCCUUCGGCGCCAACUCGCUGUCUCGAGUGGGUAUCACGGGGCUAGGCGGGCUUGGUCAUCUGGCAAUCCAGUUCGCCUCGAAGAUGGGCUGCCACGUCACUGUCUUCUCCGGCACCGACAGCAAGCGCGACGAGGCCCUCCAGCUCGGCGCCGACUCCUUCAUCGCGACCAAAGGCGCCUCGUCCCUCGACGUCGCCGGCAAGAUCGACCACCUGCUCAUCUGCACCUCGUUCCAGCCCGACUGGAAGCUCUUCCUCCCCAUCAUGGCCCCCGGCGGCAAGAUCUACCCGCUGACGGUAUCAGACGGUGAUCUGUCGAUCCCCUACAUGCCGCUCAUUGCGAGCGAGUUGAGCAUCCAGGGCAGCUUGGUGGCGGCCCGGAACGUGCACAUGGACAUGAUCGCGUUCGCGGCGCGUCACCAGAUCCGACCUGUGAUUGAGGAGUUCCCCAUGACGGUGGAGGGCAUCGAGGAGGCGAUGAAGAAGUUGGCGGAUGGCAAGAUGAGAUACCGCGGCGUGCUUGUUGCCCCUCAGUAG